AUGUUCUCCUGCACAUUGGCGACGGCGGCGGUCUUCUUCGUGGCCACCUUGGGCGGAUCACUCGUUGAGGCCAUUGUCAUCACUUCGCCGACGGUGUUGACGGUCUGGGACCAAACCGGCAGCGACCGCAACCUGAUCACUUGGUCGCUCAAGCCCGAGACCUAUCCUCCUCCCGCGACGCCUUUCUUCGAUAUCUACAUCCGAAACGGCGUGGGAAGCAUGUACACUCCCUCGCUGAACCUGCGAUUGGCGGCGAGCGUCAAUGCGUUGACGACGACGCUCCUCGAGGUGGCGGAUGCGCAGAAGUUCAUCCCGGGCAUUGGUUACCAACUCUUCUUCUCCGAUCCCGCCAAUCCAGAGACCGUCUACUGUGACUCGGAGAUCUUUGCCAUCGGAACGGCAGGCGGAGGAAAUGCUGGACCGAUGUCGCCCUCCUCGACGACCGAAGCGCCAGACGCGGAGGCGACUUCGACGACAACCUCGAGUGACGAGGCGGAGACAUCGUCUGCGACGGCAGAGGAAGGCGUUUCGUCCACCGACAGCCUAUCAUCAAUCUCGACGUCCUCCGACUCUUCCUCGCCCGUCACUUCCGCUCCCUCCUCCGCGUCCUCGCCCACCUCUUCUCCCUCUCGAUCACGAGCCAAGAGCGGUAUCACAGCAGCACCAGUCCCAGGAGGACCGGACGAGCAAGGCUUCAACCUCGUUCCAAGCGGAGCAGGGCGGACAGCGGUUGGCGGCGGAGCGGCGGUUCUGGUUGUUCUCGCGGCGGUGGCAUCGCUGUGA